AUGAUUCCACACAGAAAUCGGUGGCGCGGAAAGGAAGAAGACCGGACUGCUGCGAGCGAGAUGUUGCGGUUCGAGGCAGAGGAUGAGGUGAGCAGCGAUGCGCAGCAGCAGGCCCUCGAUGAAGCGCGCAAGAAGCAGAAGCAGCGACGCGCGCGCUUGCAUGGGCUGGCCGCCCGCGUCAAGGAGGCAUUGCAGCUCAGCGCACUCAAGCAUCUUGCCUUGGCAGAAGAGACCCUGGAGCAAGUAUCGACUGACCUCGAAUCCUUUCACUUAGAGGGUGCCAUUGGCGAUGAGCUGGGUCGACAGCUGCAGGAGCUCAAGUACACCACAGCGUCGGAGCUUGGCUCCCUGUAUCUGCGGCGGAACAACAUCGACGCUGCUGUGCAAACACUGACCAAAGCCAUCAAUCUCGCAACCACAGACAACUACAUGCUGUGGUACAAGGCUGGCAUGGCGUACAAGGCGGCCCAUCAGUGGCACCAGGCACGCAUCUGCUUUGAAGAGGCCAUGUCUCUCUCCUCAAUGUCGCACACGCCAUCAGUGAGGGAGCUCCACUCCUGCCUGGGACGCCUGGACGACGCAGAUGCCCAGCGUGCACUGCAACAGCGAUUCCCCGAUGUGCACUUUUCGGCUUUACCUGAAGCAGCUGCUGUCCAUGCUGCACCACCACCACCACCACCACCAUCAUCAUCAUCAUCAUCAUCAUCACCAUCAUCAUCAUCAUCAUCGCUGUCGCCGCCAGUUCAAGUUUGUCUCCGCUGCCUCACCUGGCCAGGCAUCAUGGAAGUGCUGCGAGACCACGUGAGCCAGCAUGGCGUUGAUGCUCCGGUUCGCGUCUCGUGCAUUCCCUCCCGCACCGUCUUCCAACAGCUCAAGAUGUCAGCCGCUGAGAGUGAAGCAGGCACGAAUAAGAGGACGAGCAAUGAGGGCCAGCACAAUGGUGGCGAUGGCGAUGGCAACGACGGACGCACACGUGAUGGUGCGCUUGGAUCAGCAGAGACAACAACGUCAACACCAACGACAGCGACAUCAACACAGCCAACAGCGACAGCACAGCAGGCAGCGUUAACCGCGCAGCGCAUGCCUACAUCGCCUGACGUGUUUUGUUCAUCCGAUAUCAACGACUCCCAAGCGCCGACAGCAACAGAUUCUCAGGUGUCGGUCACGCUCUCACAGCUCACCGAUGAGUGCACACAGUCGCAGUCACAAUCACAACCACGCGCGAGUGGUGCCCGAGUUGUGCUUGCAGGCACAGCCGUGGCAUCAUCUUCCGCAGCCCUGCUGUCGUCCUCGUUGACGCUGAGCGGUGGUGCGCCCUCAGCCAAACGAGCAAAGACGACACGUAUGCACCAGCAGCAACGUGGCGAGGAUGUUCACUGCAUCGAUGAUGAUGAUGGUGGUGAUGAUGGUGAUGAUGAUGGUGAUGAUGACGACGCCGAGAGUGGUGGUGGUGGUGGUGGUGGUGGUGGCAAAGGCGCGAAGUGGCCAACGCCAGCCAAGCGACUGACACGUGCAGCGAGCCGGCGCAAACGCGAGGAGGAAAUACAGCAGCAGCGGGAGGAGAAGCGACAACAGAUGAGAGCAGCGCGAGCAUCCGCCCGUCGCUCAAAACGACUCGCAAACGCAGCGACCAUCCCUGACGACGACGACGGCGACUUUGUGGCCAACCCGCCCGGUGGCGCUGUCGCCCUGAAGCGGAGCUUGAGCCGGCAGCGCAACCUCAACCGCCAGCAACGCUCGCUCGUGCUUGAGCUGAAGAUGCUUCUCGAUGAUGACGUGCGCGCCAUGGUCGAUGGCGGUGAUGGCAGUGGUGGUGAUGGCAGUGGCAGUGGUGGUGGAAGUAGUCGGUCGCGAUCGGCGCAUUCGACGCCAGCGCGCAGUCGCACACCGCAAGGUAGUGGUGCACUCGUGUCAGCCGAUGAUGGUAAUGGCGGUGAUGAUGGUGUGGCGUUACAGUCACAGGCCAUCCUGUCGCUCUUCCGCUCGCCGAAAUACUUCAACGACGGGACGGAGUGGAUGUGUGCAGUGCUGUCAGCAAUGACGAGCGCAGCCGGUCGUUUGGAGAUGCACAACACCCUCUCCCCCACCGCUACUGCCGCCAUCAACCAACAGCUGCAGACCUACGUCCGCAUUGACACGUCGCUCCUGCCCGCCCUGUGCGAAGCAGUGCAGCUGCACACCCCGUCCAUCGCUGACAUGGCGCCGAACGCUGAUGCUGCCACUCAGUCAACAACAACAGCAAUCACCACACAGUCAACAACAACAGCAGCAACGGCAACAACAGCAACAACAGCAGUAGCAGCCACAACAACAGACACUGCAUCAUCGCCAGCAGCAGCAGCAGCGGUCAGCGCACCACCGGCUGCCGCGCAUGUGUUCGCAGACGCGCUGCUUGCAGGCACGGAGAUUGUUGUUGACGCGAUGCUGUUGAGCGAGGCAAAAAACACGCCCAAACGUGGCAGCAGCAGCAAAACCAGUGGCAGCAGCAAGAAGAAGGACAAGGAGAAGGAGAAGGAUGGUGCUGAAACCACGACGACAAGCAACAACAAGGACAAUGGCGACAACGCUACUGCUGCUGCUGCUGAUGGCACUGCGCCAACACCUGUGGAGUUGGAGCCCACGUGGGUUGAGCGUGUUCAGUUUGUGAAUCGAGGGCUGAUUGUGCUGCGAACCUGGCACACGCUCGUGCACGAGCACGCAAUGACCGCCGCAGGUCAGCAGCAAUCGGUCGUCACAGUUGGCGAUGACGAUGACAGCAACAGCGGCGAUGCGAGCAAACACAUGCAAACGCUCCCUGACGAUGCUGACGAAGCAGACAAUCGUGCUGACAACACAGCAGCGUCGAAAGCACUGGACUGGGAGGUGCGGCUUGCGUGGCUGAAUGCCAUGUUUGCACGAGCCCUCCACCUCCACUCCAGCAAGGAACCGCAAUCGCAAUCCACAUCACAAACAACAGCAACAACAACAGCAGCAGCAACGUGUGACGGCGGUGAUGGUGCGGCCACCGACGCGCAGCAUGAUCUUGAAGAGAAGGCGUACCUUGACGAGCAGCAUGUGUGGCUGCGAACGACACGUGAUAUGCUCGCCCAUAUCUCGGGCAACCAGCUUCUUCUUCCACAUACCGCCUCCUUCCCCGCUGUCAGGACCGGUGUUGUUGAUGUUCUUCUGGCGGAGGCGGAGGUCGAUCGCAUGCGAUCACAGGCCGCCGUCCACUUCAACGCAGGCGAACACGCGCGCGUGUGCCAGCUCCUCUUUCCUGUUCGCGACCACCUGCUGCACACGGAUGAGGAGCGACUGACAAGUCUCAACCAACUGCAAACGUCACAGCGCGCGUGCGGACAGUACACACGUGCUUUCCAAACGCUGGCUGACGUGUUUCAUCUGCGUGCCCGCUCUCCCAUGUUUUUUCGCUCCCCAACAAAGCUUGAGGACUGGACGCAAGCGCUGUGCGAGUGUGUCAUGCAGCUGUGGCCGCGCAACAAGCAACAAGGCGGCAACAACACAACCGCAGACAAUGCAAGCGGUCUCCAUGAUGCCACUCAUGCCGCGAAUGCUGCUGUUGACAGUGGUGACACCGUGCACACUGGCGCUCGUGGCUUCACCACUACUUGUCAUGGUGAUGAUGAUGACCAUAACGAUCAUGAUCAUCAUAACAGCGAUGAUGGAGAACCGCUGUCGGAUAUUUUGUCCACACGCGGCCGCCUCCAAGCUGCCGUCUUCCGCGCGCUCCCAACCCGCAGCAUGUCCUCCAACCCGGCCACCACGGCCGCUGGGGUGCGACUGCUGGCGGCGCUGACGGCGCUGCAACUCUUUGACAACAACGAUGACUCCACACCAACGCUGCUGGCACUCGUGCAUGAGAUUGUGUACCUUGCAGGCAAGUGCGGCGGCAAGUCAGCCAUAAUUAACAGCGUGGUGUGGGCAUUUGCCAGGCGACAACUGGACGACAUCAACGCCAACAUACUUGAAGUCGUGCUCAUGUGGACAGACUGCAGAUUCCGCGUCAAUAGCGAGAUGAAACAAAAGCAUUCACCGGGCGACGUGGCUGCUCCGUCGCGCGAGGACGAUAAUGCAAUUGCGCGGCUGCUGUACCGAGCCACAUUCUUUGGUAUCUCCGUCAAGCAGCGCUACCACGAGUGGGGCAGGAACAUGUGUCUCACCCGCUUCAUUGCCGGCGCAGCCGUGAAGGAGCUCCGGCGUUUGUGCAUGCUGCCAUCCACGUCCCCGGACUGGAGAGAUCUUGAGCGCGUGCAGAAGAUUAUGCUGGAGGAAGAGGCGCCCCUGCCACUGCCCGUCAUCGACCACUGCAUCUCACUGCUCUUUGCAAAGACGGUUGACACAGAAGAGGAUCGACCAUUGGAGCUGUUGUUGGCUCGCGUUCUGUGCAACCCAACACCACAAUUCAUUCUCGAGCAGGCAGCUGAGGCCACCGUGUUUGCCUGGAAUGAGCUCAACAGCCCCUCUCCAAACGUCCUCAUGGCAGACUUUGUGCAAGUUGCGCUGUUUCUUUAUCUCCAACUCCUUCGCCACCAUGAAGACGCGCUGGAUCAUGUCACCCGUAUGCACGUUUCACUUCUCCUCCUCUCGUGUGCCGAUCGCUCCAUUCGCCAAAUCUACAAGGGCCCCGUGCUUGUGCUGUCGUCCUCGUCCGCCCCGACCCCAGCGUCAACCCCAACGGUGGGACCGCCCGCACCCCCGCUGAUGUUUGGCGACAGGCGAUUCGCAGCACUCGCAACGCGCAUGGUGCUUGAGGCGCUCCCGCCACUCUCCAUCGACACCGUCACGCACAAGGACAGCCUGAAGUCCCUACCAGACUGGACCUGGGAUGACUGGCUGUUGCGUGCGGAAGUGUGUUUUGCCGAGGGCGAUUUGUCUUCUGCUCUUCUCUGUUUUGCAGUCGCUCACAAAUCCGCCGGCGAGCUCCCCGAGAAGCCAGACAACCACAUCCACGCAGCGGAGUGCGAAACGCACUGCCGCCUCUUCUGCCGCCUGGCGGAAACUGUCAUGCGCGGCCAAGAGCUCUACUUGGCCGAAAAGCUUGCGUUUGCCUUUGAUCCCACGCAACCAAACUUGGAAACCGAGACAGCGGUGGAGCUGAGGCUGUUCUUCGAGGCGGUUUCGUCCGCGCAUCUGCAGCAACAACAGCCGCAGCAUAUAACAGAGCGACGACAGCAGCUGAUGAUGAAGAUUGCACAAGAGCUCUUCAAGCAUAUUCGUCGAUUGCAACACUACAAUCACAAUGCGCGCUUGUGCUUGGCCGACAUGUUUCUGCGUCACCAACUUCCGCAAGCGGCACACGCUGUUCUGGACCCAUUGCUCGUGUUCACACCCCAGGCGAAGCUGUUUGAGGUGUGGGUAUGGUCUGUCGACUGUGUCAAUACCAUCGUGCAGCCACCUCGAAAACGCGUGAAAGUGUGUGCAGAGAUCACCCACAAGUGGCUGGCGGCAGUUGCGUUGAUGCUUGCGCGCGACCAGCCUGCAUUGGAACACGUGUCUACGCCACCCACCACUGCCCUUGUCCGUCUCCUCCACAAAUUGCAGCGGCAGAAGGAUGUCGGUGACACAACAAAACAACAUCUGACGGCAAGCGCGCUCAACGCGUUUAUCCACCAUGUGCUUCUCCGUGACCCUUCAUCCGAAACGAACUGGUCUGACCUUGCAGACAUUGUGAAGGACUGCACCAAGCAACCGCCUUCCCCACCUGUCGCCAAGCGAUUGCUGGGCAUUGUCGCUGUUAUCGACGCGCAGGCGCACGCAGCCGCCCUGCCCUCACCACUGGUGUGCAAGAGCAUGUGCGACAUCAUACUUCGUCUUCAGGAUAUCGACAUUCCCAUCUCCAACUUGAUGGGCUGUCUUGACAGUGUUGUCACCGCGUUUGCUGCGUCUGUUCGAGCAGCCUUGAUUGCAGACAAGGAAGCAGGCGAGCUUGGCUCGUGGGCAGAGGACGUGCGUUCGUAUGUGAAGGGUCGGAUGCCGGUGCUGCAAACGUCUCACAAGAGCGUGGAGCUGUGUGCACUGAUGAAUGUGCUCAAGGACGCACAAAAGGUGACGAGCAAGACAGCGCAUGCUUCACGCUCCUCCAGCAAGGCCGGCUCUGUGUCACACGAAGGUACAUCCGCAGCAUCAGCAGCCGGAACAACCGCGAACACCACAACAUCGACAGCGGCGACACCAAACACUGCAACUGUGACAACAGGGGACGAGACGACCACCACAGCCAACAGCCAACAGCAGCAGCAACAACAGCAACAACAACAACAAAAGCAGACCAACCAGGGACUGAUGGAUGAAAGCUAUGAUGAGGACGAGCAACACGAGAUGGAUGAUGAUCAUGACCACCACGAUGAUGAUGAUGAUGAUGAUGAUGAUGAUGAUGAUGAUGAUGAUGAUGAUGAUGAUGAUUCACCCGAGGUGUGA